GCCAGGGCGCAGGCGCAGGCGCGUCACCGCCGCGGCGGUUGGGGAGGGUUCUUCCGGAAGGUUCGGGAGGCUUCUGGAAAAGGCGCCGCGCGCCGGGCGGGCCCGCGUCUAUAUAAGGGGGGCGCGGGGGCGGAGCGCCAGUUGCUUCUGCGUCCUGGUGCGGUGUCGUUGUAGAGCUCGCGCGGCCCCUUGACCAAGAUGCCCGAGGAGACCCUGACCCAAGACCAGCCGAUGGAGGAGGAGGAGGUGGAGACGUUUGCCUUUCAGGCGGAAAUUGCCCAGUUGAUGUCCUUGAUCAUCAACACUUUCUACUCGAAUAAAGAGAUCUUUCUGAGGGAGCUUAUUUCAAAUUCGUCAGAUGCUUUGGAUAAAAUCAGAUAUGAAAGCCUGACAGAUCCCAGUAAACUAGACUCUGGGAAAGAGCUGCACAUCAAUCUCAUUCCAAACAAACAAGAUCGAACUCUCACUAUUGUGGAUACCGGAAUUGGGAUGACCAAGGCCGAUUUGAUCAAUAACCUUGGUACUAUCGCCAAGUCUGGGACCAAGGCGUUCAUGGAAGCACUGCAGGCUGGUGCAGACAUCUCCAUGAUUGGCCAGUUUGGUGUCGGGUUUUAUUCUGCCUACUUGGUUGCUGAGAAAGUGACGGUGAUCACCAAACAUAAUGACGAUGAGCAGUAUGCCUGGGAGUCUUCCGCGGGAGGAUCUUUCACAGUCAGGACUGACACAGGCGAACCCAUGGGUCGUGGAACAAAGGUAAUCCUGCACCUGAAAGAAGAUCAGACCGAGUACCUGGAGGAAAGAAGAAUAAAGGAGAUAGUGAAGAAGCAUUCCCAGUUUAUCGGCUACCCCAUCACUCUCUUCGUGGAGAAGGAACGUGAUAAAGAAGUCAGCGAUGAUGAGGCCGAGGAAAAAGAAGACAAAGAGGAGGAAAAAGAAAAAGAGGAAAAGGAGUCUGAUGACAAACCUGAAAUAGAAGACGUCGGUUCCGAUGAAGAGGAGGAAGAAAAGAAGGAUGGCGACAAGAAGAAGAAGAAGAAGAUCAAGGAGAAGUACAUCGAUCAGGAAGAGCUGAACAAGACAAAGCCGAUUUGGACCCGAAAUCCUGACGACAUAACCAACGAGGAAUACGGAGAAUUCUACAAGAGUCUGACCAAUGACUGGGAGGACCACUUGGCGGUGAAGCAUUUUUCAGUUGAGGGACAGUUGGAAUUCAGAGCCCUUCUAUUUGUUCCAAGACGUGCUCCUUUUGACCUGUUUGAAAACAGAAAGAAAAAGAACAACAUUAAGUUGUAUGUCCGCAGAGUGUUCAUCAUGGAUAACUGCGAGGAGCUGAUCCCCGAAUAUCUGAAUUUCAUUAGAGGUGUGGUGGACUCGGAGGACCUCCCUCUAAAUAUUUCCCGCGAGAUGUUGCAGCAGAGCAAAAUUUUGAAAGUUAUAAGAAAGAAUUUGGUCAAAAAAUGCUUAGAACUCUUCACUGAACUGGCUGAAGAUAAAGAGAACUACAAAAAGUUUUAUGAGCAAUUCUCCAAAAAUAUUAAGCUUGGAAUACAUGAAGACUCUCAGAACAGGAAGAAGCUUUCAGAACUGUUGAGAUACUACACGUCUGCUUCUGGUGAUGAGAUGGUUUCCCUCAAGGACUACUGCACGAGAAUGAAGGAAAACCAGAAACACAUCUAUUACAUCACAGGGGAGACCAAGGACCAAGUGGCAAACUCUGCCUUUGUGGAGCGUCUACGGAAGCAUGGCUUAGAAGUGAUCUACAUGAUCGAGCCUAUUGACGAGUACUGUGUCCAACAGCUGAAGGAGUUUGAGGGCAAGACUUUAGUGUCAGUCACCAAAGAGGGCUUGGAGCUUCCAGAAGAUGAAGAAGAGAAAAAGAAACAGGAAGAGAAAAAAACUAAAUUUGAAAACCUCUGCAAAAUCAUGAAGGACAUCUUGGAGAAAAAAGUAGAAAAGGUGGUGGUGUCAAACCGAUUGGUGACAUCUCCGUGCUGCAUUGUUACAAGCACAUAUGGCUGGACAGCAAACAUGGAGAGAAUCAUGAAGGCUCAAGCCCUACGAGACAACUCAACAAUGGGCUACAUGGCAGCAAAGAAACACCUGGAGAUCAACCCUGACCAUUCCAUCAUUGAGACCCUGCGGCAAAAGGCAGAGGCUGACAAGAACGACAAGUCUGUGAAGGAUCUGGUCAUCUUGCUGUACGAAACUGCACUCCUGUCGUCUGGCUUCAGUCUGGAAGAUCCCCAGACGCAUGCCAACAGGAUCUACAGGAUGAUCAAACUUGGUCUUGGUAUUGAUGAAGAUGACCCCACUGCUGACGACGGCAGUGCCGCUGUGACCGAGGAGAUGCCGCCCCUCGAGGGUGACGACGACACGUCCCGCAUGGAAGAAGUCGACUAAGUCUGCCCGGAGCAUUUUUCUGUUUCCAAGGAUUAUGUUCUUUUGUGUUAAUGCUUCAAACCUAUACAGCAUGACAGUAACUUCAGGGGAGGGUUAGACUUCUAAGUGUGAUACUGUGAUACUUUAGGCACUAAAGCAGAGCUAGGUUUUUUUUCUUGGUUUCACGUUGGCUUUUAACUGAUUAAGGUAGCGUUUGUUGUGAGAUGUACGUGACCUGUUAACAUUGUUUAAAAGUGUUGAGCUGACCUCUUAGACCAAAUAUCCUGUCACUGAAGUGUUUGGAAGUAUAACUUGUUUAAAAGAAAAAUACUGGUUAAAAGAACUUUGAUCUUCUAAGACCUACUUUUUAAAUCUUUAAUCCUCAGUAGUGACCAACUGCAUGUACCAGGCCUUUAGAAGUUAGUAUGUUUACUGAACCAACUUGAUGGAAGUAUUCAUAGGGCUUGUAUCCAAAGAAAAGUAUUUAGAGUAGCAAAAUUACAAGCCUACUUACGUGUUUGUUGUAAAGCUGUUUAAAAAGUAAGUUUUGUGAAUGGAAAUGUAGUGCUCAAGUUAUGUUUGCUUUAAAAGGUUGUAACAAAUACAGAUAAAUUAAAAGA